GUGGAGGAGACGAAGGCGGGUUUAGUCGUGUCGGGGGGCCAGCGCACCGCUGCGACGAGGACGCUGCGCGAGUGGGCGGACAAGGACCCCGCGUUCACGUGGAACGACGACACUGCAAAGACCACGGUGGCUCUGAAGGCGCUCGGCGCGGCGUCGAUCAGGCGGGAGCUGCUUGAUCAAGUGAAGACGGACUACAAGCGCACUGCGACGAUCGGGAAGGAGUACACGUGCUGCUAUAAGUGCCUCGUGCCCUCGAUCCCCGACGCGGCGAAGCCGUAUCUCUGCGAGGUCAAGGACCUGGGGGGUUGGCCUACGGGGAUGUCGGCCGAGUCAGCGUGGAUCUUCCGCCCGGGCUGUCCGAAGGGCGGCGUCUUGAUCGACUGCUUCUUCGUGAAGGCGGAGAUGGUCGCCGCGCGCCGCGUUCCCACGGGGCCCGCCAGCUCGGGGCCGCGCCUGGCGGACGGAAGCGGCGGUGGAGGCCCCGCCGCGGCGGCCGGCAGCGGGGCCGCGCCCGCGACGCGGGAGCUGUGGCGCCAGGACUCGGCACCUGAGCGCGAGAGCGCGUUCCGCGAGAUCGCGCAGAGCAUCGGCGUGUUUGCCGAGAAGCGGGCUUUCGCCAGCCCAGGCGCCGGCGCCGGGAGCCCGCGGACCAUGCUCUUCUGGCCCCUCCGCUUCCUCUCUUACGUGAAGGGCGAGGCUGUCCCGCAUGGCGAGACGCGAGACAGCGUGCUUGCGACGUACGACAAGAAGCCGAUGAAUUGCAUCAUCCGGACCCUCCGCGACCACGUGCCCGAUUUCGCCACGCUCAUGCGGUUCAAGCCCUUCCUGCAGGAGCUGUCCACGAUCGGCGCGUUAUCCGCUACGGGCAAGGCGCUCCUCUCUCUGGCGCAGGCGAACUUGUCUUCCCCCCAGGAUGAGGUGGGCGCGGAGCUGAGCAUCGAGAGCGCACCGAAAUUCUCCUUCAGCGCGGCGCACAAGGCGCUCGAGAGAGCGCAGUUCGAGAAGCAGUGCGAGGAGGCGAAGGCGAGGGGCGCCGGGAGCCUGGCCGAGAGGUUGUCGGAUGCCAAGGUCUUGCUGGGCAAGGCCCGCGAGCUGCCAGACGGCCGCGGGGAGAAGUGCGUGAAGGAGCUCGAGUUCGCCGUCGCGCUGUUCGGGCGCAUGCCCGCUGGGGAGAAGGCGAAGCACAUCUUGGGCAACGAGGCUGGUUGGCAGCGCUUCGACGAUUGGCAGAUGAAGGAGUUCCUCCCAGACGUCAGUGAUUGCCAGCCGCUCCUGCAGUCUCCCCCCGACUUCCAGGCGAUGACCGUCGGCGCGUGCGCGGCCGCUGCGGACGCGGCGCUGAAGCGCGCCCCCCUUGUGGACGACGUGCCCGACGCGGCGACGAGGUCAAUGCUCGCGCUGACGAAGCAGCUCCGGGACGCCAGCGAGGCUGCGCCGAGGGUUGGCGAGGUCGUCGAGGCCGUCGUUUUCGCCGUGGCCGUCGCGAAGUUCCACUUGAACGCCGCGGCCGCGGAG